CAAGCGCGUAUCGCCUUGCUGUGAAUGGGCUAACGCUGGGUCCUAUCGCUGCACGCGCCUUCCCCAGCCGGACAAUGGGCUUUGAUGGCUCGCGCGGGCCGCGUGCUCCGGGUCGCCCGCCUCUCGUGCUCUCUCUGUAUCUAGUGGGAUUCCUGGACUUGUUUGCUGUAAGUAUGGUAGUUCCAUUAUUAAGUCGACACAUCAAACUUCUUGGAGGAAGCUCAACAAUAGCAGGACUAGUAGGUUCUGUAUAUGGACUGCUGCAACUCUUUUCCAGUACUGUAAUUUUUCAUAGAUACCUGUAUCCAGCAAUUCCGUUCAUUGCAUAUGAUAUGAAGAAAAGUCUGGAGGCACUGUAUGCUACAAAGGGUAUGGAGUCCGACAACAUUCCCACAAAGAUACUGAAGACAUGCUCUUGUAAGGGUUCUUGGAGCGAUGUUAUCGGAAGAUGGAAUGUAUUAUUAAUUACAAUCAUACUUAGUGGAUUUAGCUACGGUCUACUUGGCAUCUCUAGUAGCAUCCCAUUGCUAAUACUGGCAAGGAUUGCCACUGGUAUUUUCAAACAUACUCAAUCUAUCCUGAAAGCUCUUCUGUCAGACCUGAUUCCUGAACAUGAACGCCCCAAUGUGAUGGGAAGGUUUAGUGCAGCUUCUAGUGUGGGCUUCAUUCUGGGCCCUGUACUUAGUGGAUAUCUUGUUGAGCUGGAUGGAGGCUUCUACACCACUUCCUUCAUUUGCUGCUUCAUUUUCUUUGUAAAUGCAGGUGUUGUCUGGAGGUUACCGUACAAAGCAUGGCUGUAUACUCCAAUGAAAGAACUGCACUUAACAACAGAAGUGAAUUGUGAGACCAAGUGCACUACUUCACAAAAGGAAAAAGUUAAAAAUAGCACUACUGAACCAAUGGUUACAACAACCAAUGGAGUUACAAGACACAAAGCAUCAAGUUCUGUCUGGAAUCAGUGUAUGUUGGUGGGAGAAAAUAUAAAAAGAUUAAUUUAUUCUAAUCUGUGGGAUGUUUUCCUGGUAAGAUUUCUUAUGGCUCUAGCUAAUCUUCUGUAUUACAGCAAUUUUUUUCUUGCUGUUGAAGAAAGAUUUAACGUGCCACCCAGACUAAUAGGAUAUCUCAUCAGCUACGGUGGAAUAAUUGGAGCCCUAUCAGGUUUGAUAGCUGGUUCUGUCAUCAGAUUCUAUCAUCGCAAAAUGACCUUACUGCUGUUACAUUCAGGCAUCCUCACAUGCUGCAUGAUGGUGAUGUACUCUGUUGCAGCUUCCAUACAGGUAGUUGUACUGUGCUCAACUGUUUUAGGGUUUUCAACCACUAUUGGCCGUGUGUGCAUCACUGACAUGGAACUGAGCCAAGGCGGGCAACAGGCUAGAGGGACGAUGAUAGGAGCUGGACAAUCAGUCACUGCUAUUGCACGUAUACUUGCCCCAUUGUUUUCUGGGAUUGUUCAGGAAUUCAGUGUGUGCGGUCCACCAAGACUUGGUGCUGCCUUAGCUUUAAUGGCCAUCCUCCUUAUGGCAUCGACACAUUCAAAACUCAAUAAACCCACAGAGGCUAAAGUGAAGUUACAUUAAGGGAUUGCAGAACAUAUCAUGAAGUAAUGUGACCUUUUUGAAAAAAACCGUCAAAAAGAUGUAAUAUUUCAUUUACUUUAUAAAAUUGGAUGAUGUUUUUUAUUCCUUGUUUUCCUUGGUAUUAAAGCAUUUACUUUUUGGUGCA